UUUCGACCCGCCGCGGCCGCCGUAGGCGAGGGGCAAGAUGGCCGCCUCCGCGCUCGCCGGCGCAGUGAGAGCGGCCUCAGGUGUCUUACGGCCCCUGAAUAUUUUGGCAUCUUCAGCCUAUCGAAACUGUGCCAAGAAUGCCUCUCUUAUUUCUGCAUUAUCCACAGGACACUUUAGUCAUAUUCAGACACCAGUUGUUUCCUCUGCUCCAAGACUCAUUACAUCUGUCAGAAACCUGACAUAUGGUCAUACUGCAACGAUCUUUAAUAGGGUGGCCCCCUUGCUCCCAAAUGUCCUGAAGCUGCCCAUCAGAACGGUAACAUACUUCAGUUCACGGAAAGGCAAGAGAAAGACUGUGAAAGCUGUCAUCUACAGGUUUCUUCGACUUCAUUCUGGCCUUUGGCUAAGGAGAAAGGCUGGUUAUAAGAAAAAAUUAUGGAAAAAGACAAAUGCAAGGAAAAAACGCUUGAGGGAAUUUGUGUUCUGCAAUAAAACCCAGAGUAAGCUCUUAGAUAAAAUGACGACAUCUUUCUGGAAGAGGCGAAACUGGUAUGCUGAUGAUCCUUAUCUCAAGUAUCACGAUCGAACCAACCUGAAAGUAUAGAUCAGAAGUUUUAUGGCUUCCCAGUUACUGAAUAUGUAUCUUUGCCUGCAGGAUGACUUUGUAAAAAUAAAUAAGAAUAAAACUUGAUGUAAAUUGUUCCACUAAUAUGUAAACUUACAAUGCCAACAUUAAACUGAUAGAAGCUUUAAAACUUAAUGAAUCAGACUUUCCCAGAUUCAGUCAGGGAAAUAAAAUUGCGUGUUUUUU